GUCUCACGUACAAACUGCUGCACAUGUGAAAAAGUUACAUAAAGCCUUUUGUGGCUUGAGGCUCAACAGGAUGACGUGUCACUUGAGUCAGCAUCACUUGGGGCUGAAGACGACAUGUUGAGAAAUUAAAAAUAAUUCAAGUUGUGUGUCAGCUUAAAGAAGCUAGCGGCUGAUAUCUCAAAGUGCCCAUCACCUGCCUGACGAUGUCAUUGGACGGAGUGCUCUGUACGCGUAGUAGAUAAUAUGUGGAAACAGCCUCUACUGUGUUCAACAUAAUGUCUGCCUCGACCCCGCUGCACUCAGAGUGAAUCAUCUGCUCUAUGAAUAAAGUGGAGGCACGAAACAAGCUGCUUCAACACCUACGAGAGCUGCAGGAAGCAAACAGCCGACGUUAGGAGAGAGGAACGUCUCACUUUAGCGUGUGUGUGAGGAGGAAAAUCAGCAUCUCUUCAUUUCACAUCUCCCUUCCAUCACAUUGGGACUUUGUGGGGUGGUGGGGAAGGCCUAGUCCCCCACCUUGUUUAGGCCAGUUCCCCCCGACCCAAGGACAAACGAGGAGCCAUGAGUACAUCAAGCAAAGCCAGCGGGCUCAAACCGCCCAGUAAAAUAGCCCGUCCAUCCGGGGUGCCAGGGAAGACGUCUCCAUCCUCUGGUACUCCAAAGCCAGUCCCCCCUGAGAAGUCCCCAGGCACCGUGACCUCCCCGACCCAGGAGGGGAGCGCAGACUUCCAGAUCGGAGAGAAGGUCUGGGUCAAUGGCAACAAGCCCGGCUACGUGCAGUUCAUCGGGGGCACGCAGUUCGCUCCAGGCCAGUGGGCGGGGAUCGUGCUGGACGACCCUAUCGGGAAGAACGACGGGUCUGUGGCAGGGGUCCGGUACUUCCAGUGUGAGGAUGGGAGGGGGAUAUUCACGCGGCCUUCAAAGCUGUCCAAGACUGCGCUGCCGGAGAAGGAGGCCAACGGGAGGCAGGCCAGUCCAGCUCCAGGAGCAUCGGCGACGAGCGAGUCUGCACCUGCUGCACCUGCUGCACCUGCUGCACCUACCUCAAUUGCUCAGGGCACCGGCAUUAAGACAAUUUCAGCGAUGAACCGAAUGAUGUCCAGCGAGUCGGUGUCCAACAUCUCAGACCCCGACUCACAGAAGAAGAUGAAGAGGGAGCUGAGGCUGGGAGACCGCGUGCUGGUUGGUGGGACGAAGGCAGGAGUGGUUCGGUUUCUGGGAGAGACAGACUUUGCCAAAGGGGAGUGGUGUGGAGUGGAACUGGAUGAACCUCUCGGGAAGAAUGACGGCGCUGUGGCGGGGACCAGAUACUUUCAGUGCCUGCCCAGGUACGGUCUGUUCGCUCCGGUCCACAAGGUGACGCGGAUCGGCUUCCCGUGCACCACACCGACCAAGGCCAAGAGCUCCCGGAGGAUUUCCACUCUGAAGAGGAGCCCGAGCGCCUCCUCCAUAAGCUCGCUCAGCUCCGCCACUUCCUCAAUCAGCGGCAAACCCAGCCGAGCAGGACUGCUGACGGAGACAUCUGCUCGCUACGCCCGUAAGAUCUCUGGCACCACGGCGCUGCAGGAGGCUCUGAAGGAGAAGCAGCAGCACAUCGAGCAGCUGCUGGCAGAGAGAGACCUGGAGAGGUGUGAGAUGGCCAAAGCAACCAGCCAUGCAGGGGAGGUGCAGCAGGAGAUGACUCUGCUGAGGAAAGGACGGGAUCAGUACGCGGUGGAGAUGGAGGCAAAGUUGGACCAGCUGCGUUCGCUGGUGGAGGCAGCAGAUCGAGACAAAGUGGAGCUGCUCAACCAGCUGGAGGAGGAGAAGAGGAAAGUGGAAGAUCUGCAGUUCCGUGUUGAAGAGGCGUGCAUCACCAAAGGAGACCUGGAGACGCAGACCAGACUGGAGCAUGCCCACAUAAAGGAGCUUGAGCAGAGCCUGCUCUUUGAAAAGACCAAAGCUGAAAAACUCCAGAGGGAUUUAGAGGACACUAGGGUGGCCACGGUGUCGGAGCGCUCCAGGAUCAUGGAGCUGGAGCGGGAGGUGGCCGACCUCCAGCUCCGGCUGCGGGCGUCGCAGCAGAAGGAGGAUGCCGCCUCGCUGUCGCAGCAGCAGAUCAGCAGCCUGAAGGCUCAGGCUCAGUCUCAGGAGAAGAAGAUCAGUGAGCUGAGCGUCGACCUGGAGAGCAAACAGAAAGAGGUUCAGUCUCUGGAGCAAGAUAAGAGCAGUCUGGAACAGCAGCUGACGGGCCUGAGACAAAAGCUUGAGACAGCUGAGGAGGAGAACACGAGGACGGCACAGACCAUGCAAGAAUUGGAGCAGAAUGUGGAGCAGUCAAAGAAAGAUUACGAGACCCUGAAGGAGGAGCGCGAGAGCAGAGAGAAGGAGCUGACGGAGGCUGUUGAGAAGUCAGAGAGGACGGCGCUGUCGCUGGAGCAGCUGACCAAUGAGAAGAAGACGCUGGAGACACAGCUCGAGGCUUUGAAACAGCAGAACUCCAAAUACCAGGAGGAGCUCAGUCUGUCCAAGGAGCGCAGCAGCUCAGAAACCCAGCGGAUCGGAGUCCUCUGCAAGGAAAUAGAGGAGCUGAAACUGGCCUCCCAGAAGUCUCAGCAUCUGGACGAGCACAAUGACGACCGCAACAGUCAACAGCCAGACAUGAAGACCAGAGAAACCGUCUCCCAUCAGGAAACAGACGGAGAAACAAACUUCCAGAAAUCCACUGGAGCCUUAAUCUCAGACAAAGACCGGGAGCUGGAGAUUCUGAGGAAUGAGAUCGCCGUGCUGCGAGGAGAAAACGCCGUGGCCAAGACGCUGCAGUCGGCCGUGGAGACGCUGGAGAGAGACAAAGCUCAGCUGCAGAGUCGUGUUCACAGUCUGGAGCUAAGGCUCAUGGGAACGCAGGCCUCAGAGGGAGAAGAUGUUGAAGCUCCGCCCUCAGGCGAUGCAGCUCUGGAGCAGCUGAGGGAAGAGAAGGAGUUCGCUGAGGGACAAAUCAACUUCCUGAACAGCGUGAUCGUGGACCUGCAGCGGAAGAACGAGGAGCUGAAGAUCAAACUGAAGAAGCUCGCGCUGGCCGAGUUCAACGGCAACGACGACACCGACGGGUUUGUGGAAGGCGUGUCAAAGCGGGGGAAGAAGGCGACGCCGCGUCUGUUCUGCGACAUCUGCGACUGCUUCGACCUCCACGACACCGAGGACUGCCCGACUCAGGCGCAGAGCCCCGACUCUGUUCCUCACACCACCUACCACGGCAAGCCGUCCGACGAGAGGCCGUACUGCGACAUCUGCGAGGCCUUCGGACACGCCACCGAGUCCUGCAACGAUGACCAGACCUUCUAGAGGCUCCGCACACUCUCUUACCUGCAUCUUAACUCCUCCCCUUAAACACCUUCUGCUCUCCCUCUACAUCUCCCCGACGUGCCCGAUUAAACCCCUCCAGAUUUUUCCAUAUUGUAUUUUUAUACUGUAUUUAUGCAUAUCACUGGUAGCCACCGUCCUGACCCACGUCUUUCUCUCUGCAGCUCCGGCUGUGAUGCAGAGCGCUCGUCCAAAUAUGCUGCUUUGGUGCAAUAUCGAUGUUUAAUACGAAAAGGAAUCCGUCCUCUGCACUUGUUGUUUUUAACGUGUUGGUUUUUUGCAUCUAAGUUUUGUUUCUGAAAUUAAGUGACGUCUCACGUUGUUUUUUUGGGGGCUUUAUUUGUUUCAUAGCCAAAAAAUGAUGCAACGCAGUUAAAGCACAGAUGGAACUGAAGGGAAAAUGAAGCACAUCAACGAUUUUUACAUUCCUGUAUCAUAUUCCUCCGUCUGUUCGGCUGCGAACCAAUCAGAGAGUGAGACUGCCGGGUUUUUACAACUUUAUAUGUUUAAAUAUAUUUUUUACGAAGCUCUUCUUCAAGUCUGUCAGCGUACGACGGAGUGUCGGAGCCACUGACGGGAGAGAACGUCGACAUGUUUCCAAUAAUCCAGAAGUACAAAAAACUCAGUCGCAUCUUCAGACAAAAAUAUGUAAUAAUGAAUAAUAAACACUUUAAUCAUGAAGCACAAGAUACAAAGCACUUUAUACACAACUGAAAAUAAAUAUAAAUAUAAGAUGAAAAAGAAGGACAGUUCUCUACGAAUAAGAAGUAAAAUCUCCUGUGAUUCCAACUUUAUUCUCAGAAUAUUGUAUAGUGUAUAUUAAAACGUAACAUUCAGACAUAAUAACUUUAAUGACUUUGUUCUUAUAAUGUUUCAUCUUCUUUCUCAAAACACUGCAGGUGAAAUAUCGUAAUAUUCCAGCUUUUAUCUAAAAACUGAACUUUUAUUCUCUGAAUGUUACGACUUCAAUCUUUAAACUCUUUUUCCACCGUUAUUAUUUUAGCAUUUUUUUCUCGUAACAUGCCGAAUUUAUUCUUAAAAUACUUUUUAAAUAAUUCUUGAAAGAUUUUCAUUUUUCGUGAAAUACGACUUUAUUGUUGGGGGGAAAUAUUUAGAUUUAAUCCAACAGAUUAGCAAAUAAAGUAGCAAAAUCUCAAAAUAUUGCAACUUUCUUUCUCAAAAUAUCGACAUUUUGUUUUUGGGGGAAACAUUUUAAUAUUAACUUGAACUGACUAACUAGUUUCUGAAGUAGUAAAAUUUCUUCCUUUAAUGCGCCUUUUUUGUUUCGUAAUAUUCUGACUUUUGUCUCUAAUAUUUCGAUUUAUUUCUAAAUUAAAUAUUACAUCUUUUUCUCAAGACAUAUUUUAAGGCAAAUAUUCAGAUUUAAUCCAAAAGAUCAGCAGAUAAAGUAGCAAAAUCUCAAAAUACGCUGACUUUAAAACAUUUGCUUUUUAUUCCUCGACGACUUCAUCUGACUGAAUAAUAAAAUAAAAACCUUGUGACUUUUCUUGUCCUGAAAUAUUUCGACUUCAGUCUGUUUCACUGCCAGUUUGUUCUUUAAAUGUUUCAAGCUAAUUAAACUUGCUUAAUGAGCGAGCAGUGGCUUCAGCACUCCGUUGGACUGAUGAUAACAUGAAGUCUCGACCUUUGAACUCGUGGUUUCCAUCAGCGUCGCCUCUCGUCCUCAGCAGACGGAGGUGAUUCUGUGUUUCCUCCGUCUGCUGAAGAAGACCAAGAGAUGCAGCUGAAGAAAAGCGAGUAAGUGGACUUUGACUCCACAGAUUUCACACAUGAAGGUCAGUUUACUUGUUUACUUACUUAUUUUCUGUAUGAAGUGUCGUCUCCACAGCGUUUAUCUGUCAGUCAGAACAAUCUCAUCACGAGGUCCAUUUAGUAAUAACUGUUCCCGAGCUUUCAGCAGGAUCAGAAUAUCUUCAUCCGCGGUCGUGUGGAGGAAGUUCAGGUGUUCACGUUUUACUUUUCUACGCAGCUUUAAUGACUCCUCGUCUACUUUUGGGUUCAGAUUUGGGAUUCAAGAUGGCGUCAGAAGCUCCAGAACAGCGACUAAAUGGACCUCGUGAUGAAGAUUGAUUUGUCGUCUUCUGUGUCGAACCAAAUUACUUCUCCAUCGAUCGUCCUGCAGGUUCACGUCCCGGAGCAAAGCCACAGAAGGUUAUAGUCGUUGCAUUUUUGUUAUUUAUUCUCCGAUCGUUCGCUCAGCGGUGAUGUUCCUGCAGGGAAAUAAGCUAGCACUGAUUCAAGGUGUGGUAUGGUCUGUACUCGGACUUCUGUACUGUAGUGUAGGCGGGCACAGGAAGUCAGACGAGCCCAGAUGAAACUAUAGAAGCCUCGACUAACUUUAGUUUUUGCACUGUCCACUUUAAAGAUUCAGCAGAAAACAAACGGCGCUUUAACUUCACGGUUCUGAUCAGAAGUGACUUUAUUUUGAAGGUCAGUACAGACGAUCACACGGCCCUCUUUAAAGUCUGAAGUCUGACAUUCUGGGAAAUGAGCUUGUUUAGAUCGAUGCAACUAACGAUUAUUUUAUUUUAUUCCCAAAGCUGAAGAAUUGUCUUAUUUUGUCCACGACCUAAAAAAAUAUUCAGUUUGGUGUCAAUAUUCACAUUUAAGAAGCUGAAAUCAGAACUUUGACUUUUUAUGUCCUUAAAAAAUUACGCAAACCGAUUAUUAAAAUAGUUUGCUGUGAGUUUAGUAGUCGAUUAAUCGUUGCAGCUCUCAUGUCUGUAUGCUAAAUUUGAAGCUACAGCAUGUUAGCUUAGCACUUAGCCUAGCACAAAGUCUGAGGUGAAAGACUAGCACGCUGUCGUUUUUAUGACCAAGUUUCCAGUCUUAGCUAAGCUAAGCUAACCUGCUGCUAGCUGAAGCUUUGUAAGCGUAUUUGAAAAAGGGAAGUCCAGAAAAGGACGACAUUUCUGGUUCUGCUGCAUGUUUUAGAUUUAAAUAAGACUGAUGAUAUUACAGGACGUGACGUGAUCUGUCAAACGCUUUCAACACGAGAGCAGAAUCAGUUUUCUCACCUGAAACUGAAGCAAAUUUCCCAAAAUGUCGACCUGCUCCUUUAAAUUAACCCUGUUUAGCGACUUGUAUUUGACUUCUCCUGUUCUUAAGCACAAUUUUUGGAUCAUAUUGAAUCUUCCAGUGUAACAGUGUAUAUAAUACAUGACUAACCAUCCACUCUCUCGUCUUUGUAAAUACUAAUCCGAGGCGUCCUGAUCAGCGUGCUCACGGUGCCGGGAACUAAAGAAAGCUUUUUCUGUGUACGACAUUUUAUUUUUCUGCCCUGUUGAUAAGAUUGACAUUGUAUAAUGGAGGGGGGGGAAAAGCCCGUUUGUAUAGACUUUAAAAACAUUGUGUACUUUAUACGUGAUGCAUCUAAUUAUUAGUGUUUUAUAUGUAACAACUUCAGGCAGCGUCGAGAAGUGAACCGUUUCUCAGACGUUGACGUGGUGUAAAAUGUCACUGUUUUCUAUGUACUGUAUACUCCUGAACAGUCCAAUAGAAAUACUAAAAAAAA